CUUCCUCCGGCCGUGCUAUCGUAAAGAUCUUUUAUCCAAUUCGCACUGACACAACAACGGGAUGAUAAAAUUCAUUCAGUCAGACUGUUUAGUUUGAGAUGUGAGCCGUAGAACUGUGCACCUGUUUUAUUAUUUUCUCCUCACAUACACAAUUCCUAUAUCAAAUGAUUUCAUUCACGAUAACUAUUUUCUACGGUAUGUAGCAGGUAAUAGCUUGAUAAUAAGAUUAACACCAACAGUGGAAAACAAUAAGUGAGAGUGAUAGUGACUGUAGAAAAUAAAUAAAGGAUAUAAAGAAAAAAAAAAAGGCACAAAAUAAGUUGGAGCUUCACAUAUCAUUAUCGAUUCAUUUAUCCAUCUCAUGAGUAGCUCUCAAUAAGUACCUUCAUUAACGAGUUUAUCUCAGCAACUUAUCAAGGAUAUUAUAAUAUAUUCUCAUCAGUUCCAAUUUUGCAAGGAGCAAAAAAAGAGGCAUUAAAAGUGUAAUAAAAAGGAUAUAGAAGAGAAAUGUCUAAAUUAAAAGUUUCAAAGUUCUUAGCCUCGUCGAUGGUGCUAGUUUGUCUUGCAGUCAUUUGCUCUGGAAAGAUUCAUCGUCAUCAUGCCACAAAUAUAACACCAAACCAAAUGCACAAAGUUACACUUGAUCCCACCGAGAAGGUUAAGCUAACAUGGAUGGUCGAUUGGCCCGAAAAAAAUGUUUUCUUUCAAAUCAAGAACGGCAUCAAUGAGAAAUAUAGCUGGUUUGCUUUAGGAUUUUCACGACGUGGCGAGUUUCCUCUAACAGAUUUUUGCAUAUUUCAAAGAGAAAACGACCGGAUCGAUACUAAUAUUGAUGCUUGGGCAAGCAAGGACGGACGAGAAAUCAUUAUCGAUCAUCAACAAGAUUGCAUCAGUAUUGCACGAACGAGCAAAGAUGAGAUUGCAUUCAGGAGGAAAUUUGACACAUGUGACGAGGACGAUUUCCCAUUUCAUGAAGGAACAAUGUAUAUUUAUUGGAUGCGAGGUGAAGAGCUAUUGGAAUUGGGUGACGAUAGAUUUCCAACUCCAGACUUGCCAGAAUCAGAUUUCGGAAUGGUACAUUUACAGCUUUUGAGAGCAGAUUCCAUUAGUAUUCCGGAGAAAAAUGUAGCAAACGUAGACAUAGUCGUAAAAGAUGUUGUAAUUCCAACGUACGACACAACAUACUGGUGUAAAAUUCAAAAGCUCUCGGGUUCAAUGAAACGACGACACAUUGUUGAAUUUGAACCACUUAUACGAAGCCAAGAAGGAUUUGUGCAUCACAUGGAGAUAUUCCAUUGUGAAACAGAUGCGAGCGUUGAUAUUCCUUUAUACGAGGGUAAUUGUGAUGAUUUACCUGAUGAAGCAAGGGUGUGUAGCAGAGUAAUGGCGCUUUGGGCCAUGGGAGCUACACGAUUUACAUAUCCAAAAGAAGCAGGUUUACCUUUUGGAGGUCCGGAUUAUAAUCCAUAUAUUCGAUUAGAAGUACAUUACAAUAACCCCGAUUUAGCAAGCGGUGUUGUUGACAAUUCCGGCAUGAGAAUCAAAUUUGUCGACAAAUUAAGAAAGUAUGACGCAGCUGUAAUGGAGCUUGGACUAGAGUACACUGACAAAAUGGCAAUACCGCCUGGACAGCUUGCGUUUCCAUUAAGCGGUUAUUGUAUAGCAGAAUGUACGAAAAUUGCAUUGCCACAGGAAGGUAUAACUGUGUUCGGAUCACAACUUCAUACCCAUUUACGAGGCGUUCGAGUAAUGACAAGACAUUUUCGUGACGGAAAGGAACUUGUGGAGCUCAAUCGAGACGACUUUUAUUUACAGCAUUUUCAAGAAAUUCGUCAUUUAAGGAGAAAGCCUAAAGUUCUUCCUGGCGAUGCUCUUGUUACGACGUGCUUUUAUGACACUCGAGGGUAUCAAAAUGUUACACUCGGUGGCUUCUCCUUUAGAGAUGAGAUGUGUGUCAACUAUGUACACUAUUAUCCAGCCACAGAAUUGGAGCUGUGUAAAAGUUCCGUUUCGGAGAAGACACUUGCUGACUACUUUGAAUUCAUGAAAAAAAAGGACCAUCAAAAUAUUGACAUAAGGAAAGGUCGAGCAGCAUGUUACCAAGGAAUAGAGUGGAGUUUGCCGCAUGUAAAUGAACUAUUCACAAUGUAUACAAAUGAGCCAUUGAGUAUGCAAUGUAAUCGUUCAGACGGGCACCGAUUUGAUGGAUUUGAAUGGGAAGGAGCACCAGUCACUGAAGUUCCGAUUCAACCACCACAGCCUUAUACAUCAUGUUCUCGUGGUGGAAAGACCCUUCAAAAUAGUGAUGAUUGCGAUAUGUUUGGCAUGUGCAUUUACUAAAUGAAUAUAUUCUCAAUAUGACAUGUAAUUUGUAUGUAUGUAUGAUUUAUGGAGCUUCACUUCCAAUUUAGAAUAAUCAACAACAAAAAAAAAAAGCAACAAGGGAAGGGUUCGUUCACUUAUUACGUAACGCACUAGGG